UAUUCAAUGUACAUCUGUUUUCAAUCCUAGCAAUAUUCUUUUCUCAAUACAGACUGCACGCCAUGCUUUCGCACGCUGCUGUAGAUUUUCCUCAGCAGCUGUCUUCAUUCAAAGCUUUAAUUUUCUCUCGACCUUUUUAAUUUAUAGUGACGAAGGAGACGCAGAAUAAACCUUUUUAUUGUAAAAAUGAAUCUAAAAUUAUUACAUUUCCUUUUUGUACUUUUUGGAUCAUUUGAAUUUUCUAUGGAGCUUAAAAAAGUGGAGCAAAACGCGAUAAGUUCGGCGUUCCUAAUGACGAACGACGUCUUUCUAACGGGGGAGCUGUUUGACGAUAAGGAACGAAAGGGGGCGCUGGUUUUGUUUCGAGGGGAGGACGAGGUACAGGGAACAAAGUUCAUAGUGUAUCUGGAAUUUACUUCUCAUCAAGUGAUAAUACACCUCAAAUCACGUGAUGGAAAAGAAGUUCAAAUAACGUUUCCAUGUCAACCUCAGCUGAAAGAAAAAGACAUCCGAAUUACUCUUCAUUUCAAGGAUCUUCUGAAAUCUCCAAAUAAAAUCCUAAUGUACAUCAACUGUAAACUGGUGGGCAACGAGACGAGCUCUAUUCCCAUCAGGGAGGGGCUAGUGGGGUCCCAGCGACAACAAAUAAAUCCGAGGUUCUGGUUUUACAUCGGGAGAGAUGUAAUACCGGUUCUUCAGAAUCAGGGAUGCCCUGUGACCUUUCCAACACCAAAACCUUCCUCAAAAAAUGUCCGCGAGACUAUUGUACGGGUAGUUGUUCCGAAAGAAAAGGAAACCCUCGACAAAGACAGAACAUCAUCGAGGGAUAAAACGGAUCAUGUCCCUCAGGAAAAAACUCCCAAGGAAUCACUUCCGGAAAGUCGACACAGGUUAACACUUCCGGAUUCUAAAGCCACGCCUAUCGGUUCCGGAGAAGUACAUCUCUUAUCAUCAUCCUUAAGGACCCUCACGUUAGCUGUUAGACAACUGCAGAGAGAGAUUACUAUUCAGGGUCAAGAGACUCGAUACCUCCGGGAUAUUCUGAGCCGCUGUGACAUGUGUAGGGCGAGCUCUCGUCAACCCACGGACUCGUAUCGUCCAGAUAGAACUGUGGCCUGCCAAGAGAAGCCAUGUUUUAAGGGAGUGUCUUGUACGGAUACGUCACGUGGUUACCGGUGUGGGAGGUGCCCAGCAGGCUAUGUAGGAGAUGGAAUUCAAUGUGUUCCUAAAGUCACAUGCGAACACCAGCCAUGCUAUCCAGGUGUCACGUGCACGGAGACAGAGAUGGGAGUCCAGUGUGGCCAGUGUCCAGUUGGCGUGACCGGUGAUGAGUCGCUGGGCGGAUGUCAACCUAGCGGACGAAUUGGUUGUGAUUCCAAUCCCUGUUUUCCUGGUGCCACCUGCACAGAUACAACGUACGGGCACGAGUGCGGGGAUUGUCCGAACGGAAUGGAGGGAAACGGAACCGCCGACGGAUGUGUACCAUCUCCCGAACGCUGCGAAAACUUUCCGUGCUUUGAUGGAGUCCGAUGCAUAGACACCGAUGACGGAUAUCAGUGCGGCGCAUGCCCACAAAGCAUGACCGGAAAUGGAACAAAGCUUGGCUGCCAUCCUAUCGGUUGUGACACUGAUCCUUGUUUUCCUAAUGUGGAAUGCGAGGAUUCAUCGACCGGAUUUAAAUGUGCGGCAUGUCCGGACGGCUACAAAGGGAACGGAACACACUGCACGGACAUUGAUGAGUGUAGAGUUCACAACCCGUGCAGCAUCAUGACAGAAUGCAUAAACUUGAAUCCUGGAUUCAGGUGUUCGAACUGCCCUCUCGGAUACGCAGGAAAUGACGUGUCAGGUGUCGGCAUCGAAGGCUUAGAGUCCCUAAAACAAACCUGUGAAGACAUCAACGAAUGCGAGGACGGAAAGAAUGGAGGCUGUGUGGACUAUUCUCAUUGUACCAAUACACCGGGAUCCUUUAUUUGUGGGGAGUGUUUUGAUGACUUUACCGGGAACCAAACAGUGGGGUGUGAGGAGAUAAAGACUUUAUGUCCAGACGGAGUGUCGGAAUGUCACAAACACGCACUCUGUAUCAUCGGGGUAUCCGGGUACGACUGUCAGUGUAGAAUUGGAUACGCUGGCAACGGGAAUUAUUGUGCCAAAGAUAACGAUCUGGAUGGUAUGCCGAAUAUUGAACUUCGUUGUAAAGAUUUCAGGUGUUCCAGGGAUAAUUGCCGAGAUGUUCCAAAUAGCGGCCAGGAGGAUGUGGACCUGGAUGGGAUCGGGGACGCCUGCGACGAAGACAUCGAUGAUGACGGAAUCGUUAAUAAUCCAGACAAUUGUCCCUAUGUAGCGAAUAUUAACCAAGAGGAUUCUGACGUGGGUGAGAAGGACAAACUAGGAGAUGCGUGCGAUAAUUGUCCGAGCGUCCCUAACACUGAGCAAGUGGACACGGACAAAGAUGGACUUGGCGAUGCAUGUGAUCCAGACAUCGAUAAUGACGGACUUUUGAACGAGAAUGACAAUUGUCCUAGAGUGGUCAACCCAGGCCAAGAAGAUGGGGACGAUGACGGCGUGGGCGAUCUGUGUGACAACUGUCCGUUCUUGGCCAACAAAGUACAGAACGAUUCCGAUCAUGAUUUUAUUGGCGAUCUCUGCGACACAAACGAAGACGAGGACAAUGACGGUAUCCAGGACAACUAUGACAACUGCGAAUACAUUCCUAAUGCUGACCAGUUAGACACAGAUAAUGACAAUAUCGGAAAUGUUUGUGAUGAUGAUGAUGACGAUGAUGGGGUGAAUGACGAUGAUGAUAACUGUCCUCUGGUAUCAAACUCAGACCAAACUGACACGGACGGUGAUGGCUAUGGUGAUGCGUGUGUAGAUGACAUGGACGGUGACGGAUAUCUGGACGCGGAGGACGUUUGUCCGGAACAUAAAGAUAUCCAUUCCACGGACUUCCGGUCAUUCCAGACGAUCCUGUUGGAUCCGGUUGGCGAUUCCCAGAUAGACCCAGAGUGGCUUAUUCUAAAUCAGGGAGCAGAGAUUGUUCAGACGAAGAACAGCGACCCCGGGUUAGCCAUCAGCAAUACUUCUUUCGCUGGUGUAGACUUCAGUGGCACGUUCUUUGUGAAUACAGAAGUGGAUGAUGACUAUGCCGGAUUUAUAUUCAGUUUUCAAGACAGUUCUAAAUUUUAUUGUAUCAUGUGGAAGAAGUCUGCGCAGACGUACUGGCAUCCUACUCCAUUUCGCGCCGUUGCAGAACCGGGUAUUCAACUGAAGCUAGUAAAUUCCAAAACCGGACCCGGCGAAUACCUUAGGAAUGCUUUAUGGCACACAGGCGAUACGAAAGACGAAGUCCAGCUUCUCUGGAAGGAUCCCCGUAAUGCUGGAUGGAAGGAGAAGACAGCAUAUCGUUUGGAGCUGAUUCACAGACCCUCUAUGGGUCUCAUCAGGAUUCUGUUAUUUGAAGAAACCAGUUUAAUGGCGGACUCCGGAAACGUAUACGACGCCACUCUUCGUGGCGGGAAAUUGGGCGUGUUUAGCUUCUCCCAAGAAGGCGUCAUCUGGUCUGAUCUGGUUUAUCGGUGCAACGAUUAUGUACCCAGGGGUUUGCUGAGGGAGGGGGCGGAGCCUCUAGAACCGAUGGAAGGAUUUCUGGAGGAUUCUGGGAUUUUCCCGUCUCUUAGGAGAAGAUAACACGCGGUCUUCGAUCUGUUCACACACGUUCCUGUCUCAAAACCGACUGAGUUGAGAAUAAGAGACAUAUCUGUAUUUCAUUAAACAGAAGAUUUACAUUGGGUUAUUUUUGCUAUCUCUUAUAUGUUUGUAUAUUUCCUCUGAUUGGUGACUCUGGCGAUGAAAUAUGGUUUGAUUCUGUAGACAUGCUAUCAGAGGUUUAUAACAAUAUGUCCUUGUCUUUAAGUACUUGUGAUUCAUGUCUUUAUAGUUUUGGUUUUUUUUCAAAUUGGUUAUCAUUCAAGAGACUGGAGUGUCGAAGACUCUAUUAACCGCCAUUUCGUUGAAAAACUAUUGAAAAUAUAUCUGAAAACAAGACUUAAACAACACCAUUAAGACUACUAUGUCUCCUCGGACCAAUACCAGAUCUUGGUCAUUAGAUGCUUGCACCCUUAAUAACAUGACCGAUGCUCUAUCUGUAAUGUUGUCGAAUAGUGUGUACAUAAAGUUCGCCAGUAACAGCCUGACCUGGAGGUUAUAAAACUUUUUGAGUGCGUUUUCAUACUCAAACUCAAAUUCCGUGCUCUAAAUCAUACUCAUACGUCAAAGUUAUAUAACUUUCAUAGAAUCAUUCACAUACUCAAAUGGACAUGUACAUCCGAGUAUGCUUUGGAGCUUGCGCAGAGUUGUACUCGUAACCUUAAAAGUCUGAAGAUUUCCAAUACCGGUGCUUGAUUCCAGCAUCAAUUUCCGACUAGAGGACGUACUCAGUUUGAGAACGGUACUCAGCAGAGCUCAUAAUACGGAGCACAGAGUACGACUUUGAGUACGGUAAAAGUUUUAUAACCUCCAGGCCAGGCUUGUCUCUGUGUUAAACAUUGAGGUUUCUUGUAACAAACUUUUAUAUCAUUUACUUUGAAUUUAAAACAUGAUGCAUUUGAAUAUUUUAUGUAUUAUAAGUUUUGAAUAAAGUACCCAGAAUGUA